AGACUUCUGCUCAGUCCGAGUCGAGUCCCCGCGGGUCGCUAAUCGGAUCGCGUCGCCAUGAAGCUCGCCGUCGUCCUGGUCGCCCUGUGCGCGGCCGUGGCGCCCGCCUGGGCCGCCAACAAGGUGGUCUGCUACUACGACUCGCGCGCCUACUGGAGAGAAGGCGCCGCCAAGAUCGAGCCGGUGGACCUGGAGCCCUCGCUGUCGCUGUGCACGCACCUGGUGUACGGCUUCGCCGUGGUGGACGGCAACACGAACCGCCUGACGCCCAUGGACGACUACGUGGACCUGGACACCAACAAGGGCUACUACCGCCUCAUCACCUCCCUGAAGGCGCGCCACCCCGGCCUGCGCGUGCUGCUGUCCGUGGGCGGCGGCGCCGACUCGGCCGGCGAGAAGGACAAAUACCUCACGCUGCUGGAGACCCCCGAGAAGCGCGCCGAGUUCGUCAACUCCGCCAAGCAGCUGCUCAAGCACCACAACUUCGACGGCCUGGACCUCGCCUGGCAGUUCCCCGCCCUCAAGGAGAAGAAGGACCGCGGCACCCUCGGCAACGUGUGGCACAAGUUCAAGAAGACCUUCACCGGCAGCUCCAAGGACGAGAAGGAGGAGGAGCACCGCGACGGCUUCACGUCCCUGGUCCGCGAGCUCAAGGCAGCCCUCCGCGGCGACGGCCUCAUGCUCACCGCCGCCAUCCUGCCCCACGUCAACAGCACCGUGUACUACGACUACCGCGUGCUGGCGCCCCUGCUGGACCAGGUGCACCUCAUGACCUACGACUUCCGCACGCCGGAGCGGUCCCCCCAGGAGGCCGACUACCCCGCGCCGCUGUACUACGUGCACGACCGCAAGAGCUACCAGAACGUGGACGCCACCGUGCGCCGCUGGCUGGAGCACGGCACCGACGGGGUCAAGAUCAUCGUCGGCAUCCCCACCUUCGGCCGCAGCUGGAAGCUCAACACUGAGAGCGGUAUCUCCGGCGUGCCCCCGGUCACCGCGGACGGCCCCGGCGACGCCGGCACCGUCACCAAGACCCCCGGCAUCAUGGCCUGGCAGGAGACCUGCCUGCUGCUGCACAACUCCAAGGUCGCCGAUGUCCCCAACGACCGCCUGCUGCGCCGCGUCGGCGACCCCAGCAAGAGGCUCGGCUCCUACGCGUACCGCAUCGCCAAGACCAAGGACGACGUCGGCCUGUGGGUCGGCUACGAGGACACCGAGUCGGCCGCCUACAAGGCCGCCUACGUCAAGAACAAGGGUCUCGGUGGCGUGGCCAUCUUCGACCUGUCCAUGGACGACCCGCGCGGCGUGUGCGACGGCAACAAGUUCCCCAUCCUCCGCGCCGCCAAGAACGGCCUAUAGGCUGCGGACUGCCGCUCCGCUGUCUGGCGGUCGCGUCCACGACGCCGUCCUCGCCUGCCCCGUGCUCCCGGCCGGGCCGCGCUGCUGCUUCAAGCAGUUCGUUUGUUAGGAAAGUCCCCCCAAAAGGCUGUGAUUCCCCUUUUCGACAAAGAAAAUUAAGACCCGAUGUUUUGUAAUCCUUUUUUUUUUUAAGUUUUAGGAGUAAAUCAAUCUGUGUGUUGUGUAUAUUUCUCGCGUGUGAAGUGGAAUAAAUUUUUAUACACCUCCUAAA